AUGACCUCGUUAGCUGUAUUACAACCAUUAAAACGGACUUUAACAGAUAUAAUGGACGACGAAAUUUAUCACGUCCCAACAUCGCCAUCGAAUCAAUUUGCCACCCAAAUAGCCUUUAAUAAUCCUUCACUUGCCACCACAAAUAACAACGCCACUUUCGGAACUCAAGCAUUACCUGAUAUGAUGAAUAGUGAUUCAACCAUGUUACUUGGAUCAUCUGCAUUAUACAACCAUUACAAUACUUCUACUGGUGUCCUCUCGGAUGGUACCAGUUCAUCAACUGCAUUCUCUAUCCCUUUAAAAAUUUCUAGCAAUUCUUCACCCGAAUUGUCUGCUACACAGCAACCUCCUUCAUACUCGAUACCGGGUAUGUUUUUAGAAGGUGACUUGUUUGGUAAUUCUACAGUAUAUGAUAAUGGUAGUUUUGCAGGUACUCCCAACAAUAUGAACCCUCAAGAAAUAAAUCCUUUCAAUGCUCACAGCGAUCCGGAAUUACAAGUGAGUUAUAGACUGAACUCAAACAAUACUAGCAUGCAAAACUCUUUACCUCCUCGUAACCGGAUUACGACGUUAGGUUUAGAUAACCAAACAAAGAAAGAUGAGUACAAUGAAUAUCUCCUGUUGAUAGAUCCAGAUGUUUCUCCAUCAUCUUUUGUUCAACAGCAACCUUCAACUGUCAAUAUCUAUGAUGAGGUGCAAAAUGGAAUAGAUCAAUUUGAUGUUUUCCACCAACUCGAAGAGAUUGAAGAAGAACAGAUUAGUGAUGAUGAUGAAGAUGAAGCUGAUGAUAAUGACUACUUUCAAGAAAUGGAUGAGGCAUGUGGAGACUUUUUAAUGAACUCUCAAACUCAGUUUGCGCCACAACAAUAUUUUGGCGUGACCUUUGAGGGUGAGGUUUCCGCCCCCCAACAAUAUGCACUAGAAUCUCAAAUAAAACCUGAUAUGUUGAAUGCAGUCGAAUCUUUUGAUUUAGAUGCUAUUUCUCAAUCAUCUAAUAUGAACUUAGAGAGCAAUGUUCCUGACUUGGUUUCAGAUGAAGAUGAUGAGAUGAUGUUUGAAGAAGAAGAAUCUACUGUUGCUCCUUCGGUUACUCCCGCUACUACCAUGGCUCCUGAGGAUUUAGGGUUCCAUGAAGAUCAUGGAACAGUAAUAAAGAGACGUGCAAAGGCUGCACAUCAUUCUGCUGCUGCUGAGAUUUCUGCUAAUAAUCCUGAUCAUUUGUGUCAUCUAGUCAACCCCAGUACCGGAUUGCCAUGUAAUCGCCAGUUUUCUAGACCAUAUGAUUUAAUUAGACAUCAGGAUACCAUUCAUGCCGCGAAGAAGAAGAUUUUCCGUUGUGUUAUCUGCGAAGGACGGAGAUUUGGUGGUGAGGGUAAUGGUAACUCAAAGACUUUUAGUCGGAACGACGCUCUUUCUAGACAUAUAAAAAUGAAGCAUGGAAUAGUUGGUGAUGAAGCAUUAACUUUGAUCAACGAAGCUAAGGCUAAUGUUGAGUAUAUUUAA